UACCAUAUAAUUGUUGAAACUAUAUCUUAUUUUGUCUGGAUAAUCAAAGGCAAAAGAAAGCCGGAAAGUGGUCGCUAAAAACGAAAAAGAGGAAAGUCGAAGCUUCAGAGCUGAUGACAUUGUUUUUAUGGUUUUGAUUAAAAAGAAAAUCUUACGCAAAUUAGCGUUAUGUAAAAAAGAAAUGGUCAAGUGUUAAGGUGUGCAUGGAAUGACGUCAACGCCAGACACACAUCUUACUUCAACCACCAUCACCACUGCUGUUCCUGCAUUAUCAUCUCCAUCUAAAGUAGCAACUCCUAUUAACUAUGCAGAUACAAUCAAACAGUUAGAGCAACAAAUAUCAUUUUUAGGCAGUGGACCAUAUACCCAGCAGCAAAAAGAGGAGUUUGAUAAAUUGAAUAUUUUAUUGGAACGUUCUCGUCAGGAACAACUGAAGAUAACCAAUCCAUUAAAAGCUACUAUGGACAGUAAUUGUGUAUCACCAGGUAUUACAGCAAUAGCAGGUUUAUCUCAGUCAUCUCCUAUGGCUAUGACCAAUUCACCUACACCUAUAGCUAUGUCACCUGUAAUCCGUCCUGCUGCACCUUAUGUACCAUGCCCAGCUAUUGGUAGUACAAGUGCAAGUAGUAGCGAAGGUCGUGUUUUAGAUAAAAGACGUCUACAAGAAUUAGUUAAAGAAGUUGAUCCUUUAGAACAGUUAGAUGAUGAUGUUGAAGAGGUUUUAUUACAAGUAGCUGAUGAUUUUAUAGAAAAUGUAGUUAGUGCUGCAUGUCAAAUAGCUAAACAUAGAAAAUCAAAUACACUAGAAGUCAAAGAUGUUCAGUUGUAUUUAGAAAGAACAUGGAAUAUGUGGUUACCAGGAUUUGGUUCUGAUGAUGUUAGACCUUUCAAGAAAGCUUGUGUUACUGAGGCUCACAAACAGAGAAUGGCAUUGAUCAGAAAGACAUUAAAAAAAUAUUGAAUGAAUUUGUGGUGUAUUUAUCCAGUUGUACAGAUUUCUCAUUAUAUCUUCAUGUAAAGACUAGUUGUAUCACAAAUAUAUAUAUAAAUCAUGCAACAUAUAUACUGUACAUAUUAUAAUAAAUCCAUUUAUUAUCU